AUGAGCAACCUCGAAGAGAAUAUUGAUUCAACAAACGAAUCUCUAAGAAAUUUGGAACCGGAGAUGACAAUUAAUUCCCCCGAAUUAGGAAUUGCUGACGAACAACACGAUGCAUCAAAUCUGGAUGACGUUGAAAUCGACGAAGACAUUAUCCCUACUGCUAUCGUUAUCAAGAAUAUUCCUUUUGCCAUCAAGAGAGAACAACUACUUGAUAUUAUGGCGAAAAUGGAUCUCCCACUUCCAUAUGCAUUCAAUUAUCAUUUUGAUAAUGGUGUUUUUAGAGGUCUUGCUUUUGCAAAUUUUACUACUACUGAUGAAACAACACGAGUUAUCGAAUGUCUGAAUGGGAAAGAGAUUGGUGGUAGAAAAUUGAGGGUUGAAUAUAAGAAAAUGUUACCACAAGCCGAAAGAGAACGUAUUGAACGAGAAAAGCGUGGAAAGAGAGGACAACUUGAAGAACAACAUAGAUCAACAUCGAAUCUCUCCUUAUCAUCGAUGGGGAAAGGAUCAGCUAAUCCUCUAACUUCAAGUGCUUUUACAUCUCAGCUAUUUUCUACUUUCGUUAAUGGAACUAAUAAUGCUCAGGUGCAACAGCAACAAGCCCAAACUCAACCUCAACCACUGCUCUCUGCUCAAAAUACUGCAAAUUCAUACCAUUCUCAAAGUCAACAGUCUCAACAAUUUGGCCAAAUUCAAUCUCAACAACCACAACAGCAACAGCAACUUUCAAAGUCGACAGAAAGAUAUUAUGCCCCAUUACCUUCAUCUUCUAUUUUACCACCUCAACAACUAGAUUUCAACGAUCCUGAUACAUUAGAAAUAUACUCUCAGUUACUUUUGUUUAAGAAUAAAGAACAAAAUUACCAUGAAUUAGCAUAUCCAUCUGGUCUCUCAGCAUCACAUAAACGAAUUAUUAAUGUUCUAUGUUCAUAUCUUAAUCUAGUGGAAGUAUAUGACCCAACUUUUAUUAUCAUUAAGAGAAAAGUAUUGGAUCAUGCAAGUUUACAAAACCAUUUACAACAGCAGGGACAAAUGACUAUGAUGCAUUCAUUACAGGCAAAUUCUACUGGUGGAUCAAUGAAUAGAUCACAAUCAUAUACUAGUUUAUUACAAGCUCAUGCUGCCAGUACAGUGGCUGCUGCGCAAGCUUCUUCUACUCAAACGAAUCCAAUCACGCAAUCUGCCCUAAUGAAUACUGGAAUAGGCCUUAAUGCUAAUAAUCAUUCUCCUUUGACAAAUGCUCCUCCACAAUCACUAACUCCUGUCCAACAUAUGCAACAUAGACACCAACAUUCAACAAAUUCUAUAUCAUCAACAAAUUCUCAAUUAUUGCAAUCAGAUCAAUCCCAAUUGCAACAAUCCCCUCAAGCAUUCCUCAAUCAACCAACUGUGAACAGAACAUCAUCUAGGAUUCCCUCAGGCUAUUCAUCAAAUCAAAUGCAACUAAAUGCAACCAACCCAUUGUUAAGAAACGUUGGUAUCUCUCCACCAUCAACCCAGAUACAGCCAAACUCUGCACAACAACGUCUCCCAAGUUCAUUUUAUUCGCAAUCUUCUCAUUCUUCAACACAAUUAUAUGAUCAAUAUAGUAAUCAACAUCAACAGCUUCACCAACCUCAACCACAGCAGAAUCAGCAAUCAAAUCAAAAAUUGCAUGCUCAAAAUACCAAUGGCUCAAUGCACUCAAACUUUUCAAUCCAUUCGUAUCAUGAUGACCAAUCCUCGACAGGGAUGAAUUAUAAUAAUAAUGGUGGAAACAACAAUAAUAAUUUCAGUUUGGGAUUGGAAGAAGGAUUAACUAGAUCAUUGAGUGGGUUAGAUCUACAAUCCAAUGGGAGCAAUGCAAACAAGAAACCAUUUUGGUAG